UGCAACUAGAGCGUCAUCAUGUGGAAGUACAUCUGUGUAACGAUCUUCUUGAUCGCCUGCUGCAAUGCGGGUCCAGUUGGCCAACAGAGGAAGAAUAUGCCCAUAAAGGCACGCGAGGAUAGUGUAAUGGCUGUGCAGGAAUCCGAGGCGGAGACUGAAAUGCAGACGAGUGGCAACGCAGCGGAAACGGAAGCAGCUCCUCUAGUGGGCACAUUGACGCUGCCCAGCAAUGCCACCUCCAUCAGGGCGGACAUCACGGACAGCUUUUCGUGUGCCAACAAAUCCUAUGGCUAUUAUGCUGAUGUCGAGAACGAUUGCCAAAUCUUCCAUGUCUGUCUGCCAGUUACCUAUGCCGACGGCAAGGAGAACACAUUCCGUUGGAGCUUCAUCUGCCCCGAGGAGACGAUCUUCAGCCAGGAAUCUUUCACUUGCAUGCGUCGUGAGGACAUGACCAUCGAGUGUGCGGACAGCUCCAGAUACUAUGAACUGAAUGGCAACUUUGGUCUGCCCGUUGAGGAGGAGAAGCAACCAGCAGCUGCCGAGAGCGAGCAGCUUGAACAGCAGAAGCCACAGCCCGAGGAGAGUGAGAUGCCUGCGCCUGCUGAGCCCGCUGCAGUUGCCGCUCCUGAGCCCGUCCCGGAGUCAGCGAAGCCUGUCAAGGUGCAGAAGCCCAAACCAAAGCCAAAUCGUCGUAAACCUGCCGUCACAUACAACAAACCCCAAAGAAAAGUGCCAGUUCCCGCCACAGCAGCUCCCGUUGUUGAACCUGAAGAGGAAGCUGAACCCGAACCCGAACCCGAACCUGUUGUUGUUGCCCAAUUGGCUUCCAAGCCUGUGAAGCCACAGCGUUUCAAUGUGAGGCCCAACAAGGAGAGGCCACAAGCCAUCAAGCCAGCUGUGUCCGCCCCUGCCACGCCCAUGCGCAAUGAACUCUUCAACUCCAUACGCAAACGUCCAGCAAUCUUUAAUAAGCACAGCUCCAACAAACUUGUACAGGAGAGUGAAGCCGCCGUUACUGAGGCAAUCCAAAUCCAAGUGGAGCUGAGUGAGCCACAACCCACCUUGAAGUUGCAGACAAUGUUUGUGGAUGCAGCUCCGGAGGUGCCUGUGCAGAUUGUAGAGGAGCCAGCGGCAGAGGCUUCUGAGCAUGUUGUGGCCAUAGCAGAGCCUGAAAAAGAAGAAGCACUACCAGAGGCUGUUGUGGAGGCAGAGUCAAUAAAGGCAGAAGAAACAGCUGAGCAAGAUGCGCCAAUGAAAGUGGAAGUGGAGGAAAUGCAACCCAUUGAAGCCAUUGAGGAGAUUCCCGCUGUAGUUGAGGAGAUCUUGGAGCAAAAGCCACAAGAGAUUGAGCAGGCACAGGAACAGUCACAGCAACUGGCACAGGAGCAGCUAGAGGAGCAGCCAGAGCAGCAGUCAGAGAAUCUGUCAGAGAAGCAGCCACAGGAACAGCCAGCGGAGCAAACCGAGGAGCAAUCAGAAAACGAGGCACAAAAGUUAGAAAUCGCUCACAUUGAGCCAGCUAUUGUGGAGAGCAGCAGCUCCAAUGAGGAAGCCUUAAACAAUAUUGAAGCCAUGGAGGCAGCUAAGCCAGCAGAUGCACCUGUCAGCCUGCCAGCCACACCAGAAAUGGCCCAGCCCAAUCCUCUGGUGGAAGAGAUGCUCGACAACAGCGCCAGCAAUAAUGAAAUCAAAGAAUCCAUUGGUGGCUUUAAGCCCGUAGAUCCUGUCAUGGCUGCUGAGGCGGAGCAGCUGAUCACCGAUUUUCUGAACACACUACGCAAGCAUGAGGAGAAGACUGAGACUGACAUAUCCAAUGCUGCCAUGGACAUGGCUGAGACCAAUGUGUCCAUUGAGGAGGCCAAGUUGCCAGAGCCUGAGAUAAUCGAUAAGAAUGCUUCCGUUGAGGAGCAGCUGCUGGAGACUGAACCAGAGCCAAAACCGCAGCUGAAAUUGAAACAGGAUUCACCCAUUUUUAAUAUUAUGCAGCUGAAUCAUUUGCCUGCCGAUUAUCAGAUUCCCGUGCAGGUAUUUUCAGCGCCGGAGACAGAGAAGGAGUCGCAGUCAGAGGCCAUUAAGGAGCUGACAGCAGAGUCGGAGAUUAAACCUGUCGAAAUUGACCAAGUUCAGGAGCCAAAUCUGGCCACAGCUGCCUAUAUGCCAUCCAUCAGUAUUGAUGACAUUGUGGAGCUUGUCAAGGAGCGUCUGGAUCAGAAUCCCAAGAAUGAACAGCUCACGCCCAUGGAACUGAUCCUCACACCAGGCGCAGCAGCUCCAAUGGCUUUGAUACCGAGCAAUAGCAUUAAGACAGAGACGGAACAGCAGCCAGAAAAUGCUCCGAUCGCAGAGUUGGAGUCAGAACCCGCCUCGGAGAUCACCUCAGAGAUCGCUGCAGCUCCCGCCUCAGAGAUCACCUCAGAGAUCGCUUCGAUUCCCGCCUCGGAGAUCACUUCAGAGAUCGCUUCUGUUCCUGCCUCAGCGAUCACCUCAGCGAUCACCUCAGAGAUCGCUUCAGAGAUCGCCUCAGAGCCCUCCUCAGUUUCCGCCUCAGAGAUCACCUCAGAGAUCGCCUCUGCACCCGCCUCAGAGCCACAGCCUGAACCUACAUCAGAUUCAGCGACAGCCCAAGAAUCCGAGCAGGAGGAAGUCAUACUGCCCAUUUACAAGCGCAUUUCUUCAGCGGAACCCAACAUGUCCAAGGUGCAGACAUCGCCAGUGACAGUCAGCAAAGUAGAAGUCGAGGCAAAACCAGAGGAGGAAAAGACUCCCUCCGUAUCCGAAGCCAAAUCUACGUCAAGAAUGGAUGCACGCAAGCGUCGUUUUCUGUUUCGUGCCGAUUCCAGUUAGAGGAACAACCUCAAGAUGAGAAGAAGAAGAACUCCCGCCCACAAUAAAGCAACCAUUUAGCCGAAGUCCAGCCGGAGUCCCAUGCAUACCCUCCGAGUCCCUGGCAACCCGACGCUGUCCCACUCAUUUGCACCUAGGCAACUUUAAUGACUAUUUUUUGAUUUUCUAGUUUUAUGGCCAUUUCUGCACUUUUUCUCAAAAAGCGCACACGAGAGUUGAAAUUUAAGUUUAGCAUUGUUGUAUCCUUUUGAGUUAAACAAACAAACAAACAAAUGAAAAACAAAAAAAUUGAAAAAACAUUUUGAAUAAAAAUCUUGAAAAAUUUA